UACUAUAAGAGCCAACAUUCAAAUACCUUUCUGGAAUUUAAACAGCAAAGGAUAAUGUUUUUAUGGAGUUGAAUGAGUUUGCCUCACCAUUAGGUUAACACAAGAUAUGGACCUGUGAUGUACUCCUAAGAUAAUUAAGUUCACUAGAAAACAUUUUCAUUUGUUGUGUUGCAGUCCAUUUGUUUACUAUAAGAACCACUUAAUAUGUGUCUACCAUUUCAUCCAAACUUUCCACUUUCAAAGAUUAACAUACAAUGGUCUCUGUGUGGUCUCUUGUUUUGUCAGUUCAGUUUCUUUUCCUUUAUUCACUCUUUUCUUUCACAUUUACUACAUCUUUUCCUUUAACUCACCCAAAGUGUCAUCAAAAAGAAAGUCAUGCCUUGUUGCAAUUCAAGGAAGGCUUAAUCAUCAGUAAAUCUGCUUCUUCUGAUAAUCCACUGAGCUAUCCUAAAACAACAUCUUGGAAUGCAAGCACCGAUUGUUGCUCUUGGGAAGGCAUUCAAUGUGAUGAACACACAAAUCAUGUGAUUCACAUUGAUCUUCGUAGCAGCCAACUCUAUGGUACAAUGGAUGCAAAUACCACUCUCUUUCGUCUCGUACACCUUCGAAGUCUCGAUCUAUCUGACAAUGACUUCAAUUACUCUCAAAUCCCACCUAAGAUAGGCGAGCUUUCACAACUCAGAUAUUUGAACCUUUCUCAUGCCAUAUUUUCUGGAGAAAUUCCACCACAAGUUUCACAGUUGUCCAAAUUGUUGUAUCUUGAUCUAAGUUACCACGAUGCACCAAAUCGUGGAUUUAGUUUAGUCAAUGUGUUGCUUCUCAAACAGUCCUAUCUCAGAAACAUAAUUCAAAACUCAACAAAACUUGAGAUACUUCGACUUAGUUAUGUGACUAUUUCAUCCCCUUUACCAAACACAAUCACAAAUCUAUCUUCGUUGCAAGAACUACAUCUUUUCAAUUCUGAACUGUAUGGUGAAUUUCCAGUUGGAGUAUUUCAUCUCCCAAACUUGAAAAUUCUGGAUUUGAGAUUGAAUCCAAAUCUCAUUGGCAGGUUACCAGAGUUUCAGUCUAGUUCACUCACCAAGUUAGGACUAGCUUAUACAGGUUUCUAUGGUACACUCCCUGAAUCCAUUGGAAAGCUUAGUUCUUUAAAUAUCUUAAUAAUUUAUGGUUGCCAAUUUUCGGGCUAUAUUCCUUCUUCCUUUGGCAACCUCACACAACUCAUAGAGAUAGAUCUUCAAUUUAACAAACUUAAGGGUGACCCUUCUGCAUCCCUGUCAAAUCUUACCAAACUUGAAAACUUGUAUGUUGGUCAUAAUGAAUUUACUUUUGAGACCAUAUCAUGGAUUGGUAAGCUCUCAUCAUUAAUUGUCUUGGAGAUAUCCUCACUCAACAUUGGCAGUGACAUCCCAUUAUCUUUUGCAAAUCUAACCCAACUAGAAAUAUUAAUUGCUGAAAAUAGCAAUAUAACGGGUGAAAUUCCAUUUUGCAUGAUUAACCUUACAAAUUUAGUUGUCUUGAGCCUACCCCACAAUUUUUUGUCUGGAAAGCUAGAACUUAACAUGUUUCUCAAGCUGAAAAAUCUACUUGUUCUUGAUUUAUCAUUCAACAAACUGUCAUUGUACAGUGGAAAAAGUUUAUCCCAUAUGACUGAUUUUGGAAUUCAAAUCUUAAUAUUGGAUUCUUGCAAUUUAGUUGAGGUUCCAAAAUUUAUAAGAUACUCCAAUAACUUAGAAAUUCUUGGCCUGUCAAACAACAAUAUAACUUCACUACCUAAUUGGUUAUGGAGAAAAUCAAGUCUACAAAUCAUAUAUGUUUCUGACAAUUCAUUGGCAGGAGAAAUAUCCCCAUCCAUAUGCAAUCUCAAAUCACUCAUCCAACUUGAAUUAGCAUUCAACAGUUUAAGUGGCAAUGUUCCCUCAUGUAUAGUUAACUUUAGCCCAUAUCUAGAAAUUCUGGACUUAAAAGGAAACAAAUUGUCUGGUCUCAUUCCUCAAACAUACCAGAAGGAAAAUAUUAUUCAGAUGAUUGAUUUCAGAAACAACAAUCUUCAAGGUCAGUUGCCAAGAGCAUUGGUCAAUUGUGGAAGGCUAGAGUACUUUGACAUUAGCCAUAACAAUAUCAACGAUUCAUUUCCAUUUUGGCUGGGAAAUUUACCUGAGUUAAAGGUGUUGGCUCUAAGUGACAAUGAAUUUCAUGGAGACAUUAGGUGCCCUGACAACAUGACAUGCACGUUUCCCAAGCUUCACAUCAUUGAUCUUUCUCACAAUGAGUUCUCUGGAAGUUUUCCAUCAAAAAUGAUCUCGACUUGGAAGACAAUGCAAACAUCUAACACAAGUCAAUUACUGUACGAGAAAACGUCAAAGUUCUAUUCGCCCAUCAAGGAAGGAGAAUAUUUGAUGACCUCAAAUAUUUCUUACUCAUUCACAAUGUCAAACAAAGGGAUCACCAUGGUUUAUUGUAAGCUUCAAAAGUUUUAUAGCUUGAUAGCGAUUGAUAUUUCAAGCAACAAAAUCACUGGAGAGAUACCAAAUAUCAUUGGAGAUUUGAAAGGUCUUGUUUUGCUCAACUUGUCGAAUAACAACUUUGUUGGCAGCAUUCCAUCUUCUUUAGGGAAGCUUUCAAAACUUGAAACACUUGACUUGUCUUUCAACAGUCUUUCGGGGAAGAUUCCUCAACAGUUGACACAACUCACAUUUCUGGAGUUCUUUAAUGUGUCCUACAACAAUCUCACAGGACCUAUACCACAAAAUGCGCAGUUUUCAACAUUCCAAGGGAAUUCAUUUGAGGGAAACCAAGGUUUGUGUGGAGAUCAAUUGUCAAAGAAGUGUAUAGAGCAUCCAGGGCCUUCUUCCUCUGAUGAUGAUAAUGACUCGGAAUCUUUGUUUGAAAUUGGGUGGAAAGUAAGUCUAAUUGGGUAUGCAGGUGGUCUUGUUGCUGGAGUCGCAUUGGGAAUGACUUACGCCUCACAGCCAAAGUGUCAUCAAUAUGAAAGCCAUGCCUUGUUGCAAUUCAAGGAAGGCUUUAACAUCAAUAAGACUAUUUCUGAUAAUCCACUGAGUUAUCCUAAAACAACAUCCUGGAAUGCAAGCACUGAUUGCUGCUCUUGGGAUGGCAUUCAAUGUGAUGAACACACAGAUCAUGUGAUUCACAUUGAUCUUAGUAGCAGCAAACUCUAUGGUACACUGAAUACAAAUAGCACUCUCUUUCGCCUUGUACACCUUCGACAUCUUGAUCUUUCUGACAAUGACUUCAAUUACUCUCAAAUCCCACCUAAGAUAGGCGAGCUUUCACAACUAAGAUAUUUGAACCUUUCUCUUUCCGUCUUUUUUGGCGAAAUUCCACCACAAUUUUCAAAGUUGUCCAAAUUGUUGUCUCUUGAUCUAAGCUUCCAGACAAAUAGUGAAGUCAAUCCGUUGCAACUAAAACAUUCUAAUCUCAGAAGCAUGAUUCAAAACUCAACAAAACUUGAGAUACUUCGACUUGGUGAUUUGUAUGGGGAAUUUCCAACGGGAGUUUUUCAUCUUCCAAACUUGAAAAUUCUAAAUUUGAGAUUUAAUCCAAAUCUAAAGGGUAGGUUGCCUGAGUUUCAAUCUAGUUCACUCACCGUGUUAGCACUUGAUGAGGCAGGUUUCUAUGGUACACUGCCUAUAUCCAUUGGAAAGCUUAGUUCUUUAAAUAUGUUACUAAUUUUUGGUUGCCAUUUUUCUGGCUAUAUUCCUUCUUCCUUUGGCAACCUCACACAACUCAUGCAGAUAGACCUUCAAUAUAACAAACUUAGGGGUGACCCUUCUGCAUCCCUAGAAAAUCUUACCAAACUUAGAAACUUGUAUAUUGGUUAUAAUGAUUUUACUUUUGAGACCAUAGCAUGGAUUGAAAUAUUAAAUGCAGAAAAUAGUAAUAUAAUAGGUGAAAUUCCAUUUUCCAUGAUGAACCUUACAAAUUUAGUUGUCUUGGGCCUAUCCCACAACUUUUUGUCUGGAAAGCUAGAACUUAACAUGUUUCUGAAGCUGAAAAAUCUAAUUUUUCUUAAUUUAUCAUACAACAAACUGUCAUUGUACGAUGGCAAAAGUUUAUCCCAUAUGACUGAUUUUGGAAUUCAAAUCUUACAAUUGGAUUCUUGCAAUUUAGUUGAGGUUCCAAAAUUUGUAAGAUACUCCACUAAUUUAGAAUAUCUUGGCCUGUCAAGCAAUAGUAUAACUUCACUACCUGGUUGGUUAUGGAGAAAAUCAAGUCUACAAUUCUUAGAUGUUUCCGUCAAUUCAUUGACAGGAGAAAUAUCCCCAUCCAUAUGCAAUCUCAAAUCACUCAUUCAUUUUGAAUUAUCGUUCAACAAUUUCAGCGGAAAUGUUCCCUCAUGUAUAAGCAACUUUAAGUACUUUGAUAUUAGUCAUAACAAUAUCAACGAUUCCUUUCCAUUUUGGCUGGGAAAUUUACCUGAGUUAAAGGUAUUGGCUUUAAGUGACAAUGAAUUUCAUGGAAACAUUAGGUGCCCUGACAACAUGACAUGCACAUUUCCCAAGCUUCACAUCAUUGAUCUUUCUCACAAUGAUUUCUCUGGGAGAUUUCCAUCAGAAAUGAUCCUGACUUGGAAAACAAUGAAAACAUCCAACACAAGUCAAUUACAGUACGAGGAAACAUCAGUGUUCUCUUUGCCCUACAAGCAAGGAGGUUUCUCGGUGAGUGAAAAUGUUUCUUAUUCAUUCACUAUGUCAAAUAAAGGAAUACUAAUGGUUUAUAAUAAUCUUCAAGAGUUUUAUAGCCUGAUAGCCAUUGAUAUAUCAAGCAACAAAAUCAAUGGAGAGAUACCAAAAAUCAUAGGCGACUUGAAAGGUCUGGUUUUGCUCAACUUGUCAAAUAACAACUUUGUUGGCAGCAUUCCAUCUUCCUUAGGGAAGCUUUCAAACCUUGAAGCAUUGGACCUUUCUUUCAACAGACUUUCAGGGAAGAUUCCUCAACAGUUAACACAACUGACCUUUCUGGAGUUCUUUAAUGUGUCCUUCAACAAUCUCACAGGAUCUAUACCACAAAAUGCGCAGUUUUCUACAUUCCAAGAAAACUCAUUUGAGGGUAACCAAGGUUUGUGUGGAGAUCAAUUGUCAAACAAGUGUAUAGAGCAUCCAGGGCCUGUAGCCUCUGAUGAUGACCAUGACUCAGAAUCUUUGUUUGAAAUUGGGUGGAAAGUAAGUCUGAUUGGAUAUGCAGGCGGUCUUGUUGCUGGAGUGGCAUUGGGAAGUACUUACGCCUCACAGGUACUUUGGUGGCUUAGAAGGUUUUUUUGAGUUAAAAGAAUCUUAAAAAGGCUUCUCUUUCUGUUGUAUUUUGUUUUCUUAUGUUUUUGUGAGUUCCUAUAGUAACAAUGUAUUUUGCUUGUAUUUUAUCUCUUGUUUGUCUGAAAUAUUAUGAAAAGCUAGUAAGUUCAACAAAUGUUAUGGUAGUGAAAUCUCAAAACUAUGAUAUACUAUUUUAGUAUUACUGCAAUAAUUACAUU